AUGGCAAGCAUUUUUGGAACGCUUCGCAACCUGGCGUAUCCCCAAAAGCUCACGUUUGCAUUCGAGUAUGCAGGCGUGGCUAAUGGUGCGAGUAAUGCGGUGUUCGAUGCGAUCAUAGCACAAUGCCCGAGUCUCGUAGGCACAAACCAGCCGCAUAUGUCCAGGCGGCUUCCUACCGGACACUUGCAGACGGUCUACUCUGCUGCAGCCGAUUUCAGCACGAUUGAUCAGGUGCAGUACAAGAGAAAAGUGUUUUUGACACCGGAUGGCGGGACUAUUGCGGUGGAUAUUGCGCCGCCUGCAUUGGCCGAGCCUGUGCAAGCGUCUGAAGAUGUGCCCACCGUCGUAAUUCUCCAUGGCCUUACCGGAGGCUCGCACGAGUCGUACGUGCGGAACUGCGUCGCACACUUUGUGCGUCCCAAGGACCAGGGUGGCUGUGGCUUCCGCUGUGUCGUCGUGAAUUCGCGUGGAUGCGCCGAUACGCCCGUUACGUCUCCGCAACUGUAUUCGGCUGCGAACAUUAGCGAUCUAGAAUCUGCCUUGCUUCUUCUUACGCACAUGUUUCCACAAUCGCUCAUGACGGGAAUUGGUUUCUCGUUGGGUGGCGCUAUCUUGACGAGGUACAUGGGUAUGCGUGGGAAGGAGACGCCGCUGCUUGCUGGCGUCGUUGUCGGCGCGCCGUUCCAGCUCAAGGUAGCGAGCGACUGCAUGGAAUCCUUUUGGCUGAACAACGUCUAUUCGCACGUCAUGGGCCGAAAUUUGCUGAAGCUGCUGAGCAAGCACGCGGAUGCAUUGGCGCUUUCACCGGCACUCUGGGACCCGUUGGAGCGCGCGUUUGGCGAAAAGAUUCGUCCGGGUGAUGAGCACAAGGCGGAGCUCGAGCCAAACUCGCCCACACGCGGCACGCUUCGGUUUGUGGACCACUACGUGGUGACCCAUACGGGAGGAUUCAAGGCUCCGUAUGGCGAAUUCCCUUUUGCGGAUGCAGAUGCCUAUUAUUACGGAGCGAGCUCGACCAAUACGCUCGAUGGUAUAGCACGACCGUUCCUUGCAUUGAAUGCGGAUGACGAUCCAAUUGUUCCGCUUCACGCGAUGGACGAGUUCCGCAGUCAGUUGCAAAAGAAUGACAGUAUUGUGUAUGCACAUUCGCGGCACGGCGGGCAUCUUGGGUGGUUUACCGCGAACAAUGUGCGCUGGAUCAACACUCCCAUUGCUGAAUACAUGACCGCAAUCUUUUCCGCUUUCACUGCUCCCGAUUGCAAGCACGAGGACACCGGUAUAGGUUCCGGAGGACCUCGUAUGAGUGCGUGGAAGAGGGACGGCGUGGCGUCCAAACCAGUCGAGGUGGAGCUUUUGCCGGCUUCUGCGUUGCUCCCUGCACUUCCAAGUCGGCGAAAGCAGGUGCAAAAGGAUACAGAUGAUUCCCUUCGCGCUUGGUUGGUCACUCAGGUACUCAACAUUCCGCUUAUGCAUCCGAAAGAUGCACCUGCACGGCUUGCCAUGACUGAGGUGCCUCCUUUGCCCAAGGGGGAUAUUCACACGCUCACUUUGGUGCGUAGCGCUUGCAUACCAUACUGA